AUGUCAUUUCGAGCACCUAAACGUCGGCACGUGAAAUCUACGCGGUUCAUUAAAGACUCGGACUCCGAAGAUGAAGGUGAACCCGGCCCAACAGACUUGAAAAAUAAUCCUUCAAAUCUUUCCGUUGAAGAGGCAGUGGAGUGCAUAAGGACGUGGCAGAACUUCCGCAAAAGACAUGCUGGCGUCAGCGCUGAAUCACUGUUUGUUGGAAGAAAGAUAGAGCCUGAAGUUCUAAUAGAGGACGAUCCAUUCAAAAUGAAGACGGGUGGUCUAGUUGAGAUGAGAGGCGCUUUCCUCAAACCAACGAAAGAGGAGUUUGAGGACGAAGUUAGACUUUCCAGAACGUUUACUGCUGAAACCAACAAGAGAGACGAGGAUGCUGAUAUGUUGAAGUAUAUUGAAACUGAAUUGGCAAAGCGAAAAGGAAUUACAAAAACUGAAGCAGAGGCCCCCAAGUAUGUGGUCUAA